UCCUAAGCGCUAGCCGUAGUUGGGACACCGCUCUGCUUCGCUGCAGUUGUGGAUGGAGGGUUAACCAGAGCAGAACAGGGGCACAUAUUCCUCCUGCAGAACCGAGGAGCAGCGGCUAGUGUCGGUGAGUGUCUGACUUCUGCUGCGGCUACCCGGCGGACCGCUGGUUCUCAUAGUUGCUUGGCACGCUGAGUAGUGAGRCAUCAUGGGUAACACAAGUGACCGAGUGUCUGGAGAUCGCCACGGGAAAGCCCAUCGCACCGACAGCGGCGGCAGCCACAAGGACCAGGAGUCUGGCAGCAAGAUGGUGGACAGCACAGACGACCCCAACGUCUUCAACACACAUGGACCUGAGUCAAAGUCUUCAGGAGACAAAGAAUUCACUCCCGAUCUGGACGACCUGGUUAAAACCGGUCCUCAGGCUCGACCCACUGUUAUUCGCUGGGCUGGCGGGGGUAAAGAAGUCUAUAUAGCUGGUUCCUUCAAUAACUGGAGCAACAAGAUACCCCUAAAUAAGAGCCACAAUGACUUUGUAGCCAUUCUGGACCUGCCUGAAGGAGAGCACCAGUACAAGUUUUUUGUAGAUGGACAGUGGCUCCAUGAUCCCUCUGAGCCGGUGGUAACAAGCCAGCUGGGCACCAUCAACAACCUGAUCACUGUGAAGAAGUCGGACUUUGAGGUGUUUGAYGCCCUGCAGGUCGACUCUCUGGAGUGCUCCGACACUUCAGACUUGUCCAGCUCCCCUCCAGGACCUUACGGCCAGGAACAGUACAUCUUUAGACCAGAAGAGCACUUCAAAGCGCCGCCCAUCCUCCCUCCUCACCUGCUUCAAGUUAUUCUCAACAAAGACACCAAUGUAUCGUGUGAUCCUGCCCUGCUGCCUGAACCCAACCAUGUCAUGCUUAAUCACCUUUAUGCUCUCUCAAUAAAGGACGGAGUAAUGGUCCUCAGCGCUACUCACAGAUACAAGAAGAAAUACGUCACCUCUUUGCUUUACAAGCCSAUCUAAGCUCAUGUGCCCCAGAGAGAAGCAUGUUUGACUCCACCUGCUUUUGUUGACACUUUUUUUUUUUUUUUUAUCGCGUUUGGCCGAAUCUUGCAGCAAAACACGUUUGCAAGCAAUUUUUAGCACCAGUUGCACCAGUUGACUGCCCUUUUGUCUACAAUAGGGCUCUAAAAAAGUAGAAGUGUGUUUGUGUUGGAUUUCAGGGAGAGAUUACUGUACUGUGGCUUUAAAUCCUAAUGACUACAUGUGAGACUGGAUCAGUCACAACAUGUUGUGAUUGUUUUUCCAUCUCGGUUUGCAACAAAAAUGAGAAAAAAAGAUCGUGUAAUUUUUGCGUGGCAGAUGACCUGUGAAUGAUCUGUGGUGGGAUGUUAGUGAUGAGCUUCAGCUUCAAACCGGUUACCUUUACAUGCUUUAUCUGACUGUGCUACAGUUCCCUAAACUCCCCGAUUCCUGCAUGCAGAAAGAGGGACAGACCCUCUCCACUGUUUUAACCCGAGUGCAAUAAUGUGCCAUAAAAGCAGUUCAAAGAACUGGRGGCACGACUUUCUGCUUUGAUCAACUUCGCGGUGGAGUCUACUGAAAACAAAGUCGAUUUCAGUUUACCCAACAAAAUGGUUUCUGUACACGCCGUUGUAAACGUAUUCGUACUCCUUGAAUUUUUCUUUCACUGCAGCUACAAACUUUAAUGAAUUUUGGUGGGGACGUAUGUGACGGACCACACCGAAUCUCAGGAGCUCCUCCCAAGUUACAAAGAGCCUGUUUCUCUUUUAAUGUUCUCCUUUCAUGCACUGUUGGUUCAGAUGGAUGGCCAUUCCUUGGUAUGUUUAUGUAGCUUAAGAGUUACAAUUUUUAUUCAUCAGAUAACAAGUUGAACAGAGCUCUGUGAGAUGUUCAAAGCUUGGGAUGUUGUCAUGUAACUGAGCUCUGAUUUAAAUGUCUUUACAACUUUAUGCCUUCACUAAUUUCCUCCAACAAACCUUCAUAGCGAGAUUAACCAAAUAGGUCAAUUCUYAAUGCAACUGAGAGUAAAGUGUUUCAUUUAGGGGUAUCAAAGUAAAGGGGUCACGCUUUAAAAUGUAGUUGGUGACCAAGUUUUAUUAGCAUUUGUAAUUUUCCUUUCAGAAUUUUGCAGUACUUUGUGUUCUUGGACAAAAAAAUCCCAUUGGAGAAAUAGUUCAAGGGGUACAAAUACAUUUGAAAAAAAUUUUAGUCGCUAAGCCAGGAAAACUCCGUGAACCGAUGGAGAAUAUUGUUGAAUAGUCUGUGUUCAGUUUCUGUCGUUGCCUUUGAGCAGAUGAGAUUGUGAGCACUUAACCAUCCUGUGAGCAGGAGUGUUUAUGUGAUCGUGUAACUAUGCAGCAGCACACAACUCUUGCUCUUUAGCUUCUCUGAUUUAAAUGUAUGUUUGUGUUUUAGCUUUACUAAAUAGUUCUGUGUACCAAA